GAGCAAAGAGGCUGGGAACCGGUCACUCUCUCUCUCGCUUUCUUCACCGAAUGUGAAGGAAGGCAAGUCCUGCGGCAAAAAUCAGCGAGAUUCCAGGAGAGGCAUCCCAGCUCUGUUGCAGAAAUGGAGGUUCCAAACUUGGGACACAACCUAACUAGCCCGAUGAGUCCGUGUGAGGGCAUGAUCAAGAACCUCAGCUUGGAUGCGAUACAGUUAUGCGAGCGAGAGGGCAAUAAAUCACAGGACAGCGGCAUCGUAGAGAUGGAGGAGCUUCCUGUCCCUCAGAACAUCAAGAUCAGCAACAUCACAUGUGACUCCUUCAAGAUUUGCUGGGACAUGGAGCCCCGGGUCAAGGAGCGCAUCACUCACUACUUCAUCGACCUCAACAAGAAAGAGAACAAGAACUCCAACAAGUUCAAACACAAGGAUGUCCCCACCAAGCUAGUGGCGAAGGCAGUGCCUCUGCCCAUGACAGUGAGGGGUCACUGGUUCCUCAGCCCGCGUACGGAGUACACCGUGGCCGUCCAGACUGCCUCCAAACAGAGUGACGGAGACUACGCCGUGUCAGAGUGGAGCGAGAUCAUCGACUUCACCACCGCCGAUUAUUCCACGGUGCAUCUAACCCAGCUGCUGGAGAAGGCUAAGGUCAUCGCAGGCAGGAUGCUGCGCUUCUCUGUGUUCUACAGGAAUCAAAACAAAGAGUACUUUGACCAGGCCAGGGAGGUGCAUGGGAACCACAUGCUGCCAGCUGUGAAGGACAACAGUGGAAGUCAUGGCUCACCUAUCAGCGGGAAGCUGAAGGGCCUCUACUUCAGCUGCAACACAGAGUUCAACACAGGCAAGCCCCCCCAGGACUCCCCCUACGGCCGCACACGCUUCGAGAUCCAGGCCGAGGCCCUGUUCAACCCCAAAACUAACCUCUACUUCGGGGACUUCUACUGCAUGUACACAGCCUACCACUACGUCAUCCUAGUGUUGGCCCCACAGGGCUCGCCCGGCGAUGACUUCUGUAAGGCAAGGCUGCAAGCGCUCGACGUCACCAACAACCACUUCCUGACUUGCACGGUGGACGAGGAGGCGGGCGACGGGGCGCUGGUUUUCCGGCACGCCCAGGAUGUGAUCCUGGAGGUGAUCUACACAGAGCCCGUGGACCUGGCGCUGGGCACGGUGGCAGAGAUCAGCGGGCACCAGCUCAUGAGCCUGUCUACCGUCAAUGCUAAGAAGGACCCCAGUUGCAAGACCUGCAACAUCAGCGUGGGACGCUAGUGGGAGACUGGACUGCACCUGUGCUACACAGAUAUACACACACGCAACCCCAACCUUUACCCACCUUUAUAUCCACAAAGGACCACCCUCCCAAAAGAAGAACAUUGCAGGAGAGGGACCCAGACUGUGAAAGAAAUUUAACAACAGGGUAGGGUGCUAGAAUUCCCAGUCCACACGCACACGCACACGCACACACACACACACAUCAUCCAUUUUCCUUUUCAACCUCAUAGGAACCACCCUCCCAAAAGUGUGGCAUUCUAUUCAUCCCUCCCGCCUUCCCCAUCAGAAGAGAAACCAUGUAAAAGAGGGAGGAGCCCCAACUGAAAGAUCUACAGCUGAAGUGUGGGAUCCUAACAAGCCUUGGUCAGCAUCAUCCAAACCGCUAGCCAACACUGACUGAUCCCUUUAAAUGUUCUAACCAAACAUUGUUCCGUGCAUGUAUUCACACAGCUUUUCUCAUUGAUUUUCUCUCCUGUUGUUUUUCAAACGUCUCCUUCUCCCGUUGACCUCUUCAAAUGUUCUGUUGUUCACUUCAGUCCAGGUAGACAGAUGGUUGUGUUCCUGUUUUCCCAUCUCUCCUGGAAGGCGUUAGAAUGGUUCAGAUCCGACAGAUCUAAGUUACUCCCUCCCUCUGUCAGGCAGAGACUGGUACUAAUUUAGGGCUGCAGUGUCAUCAUCUUUAAGCCAAAGGUAACACAAAAGGACAUAACUUGCUGUAGAAUAACAAUACUAAUGCAACAGCCACUUAAAGCAUAUUAACUCGGAGAUCAAGUUGAACUACUUGGUAACCAUUAAGAGCAUGAUGCAGUAUGUACAGCAUGACUUUGAAAACUGAGUCUGUCAGUUCCUCUACCACAGCUACCCUUCUGCAAUGUUAUGUGGCGGUGACGUCUCACUCUACCACAGCUACCCUUCUGCAAUGUUACGUUUGAUUUAUUCUAGUUAUAAGGAAACCAUAAACUGUGUUUAGUAAAGUAAUGUGAAAAAAUAUUUAUUUUUUACUGAUAUAUACACAUAUAAACCAGAAGUGCACAAUGUCAAGAGCUCUGAUCCUAGUAAAGAAUGACAUUUUUGGAUGAUAAACACAACCAGGAGAAAACAACACAGAUUUGAGUAACUUGCACUAUGCCAACAUUCACAAGUUAGUUUUUUUCCAAGGUAAUGUAUAACUUGAAUUUCCACAAUUCAUCAUAUCAACUAUGAACUAUUACAUAUCAUAGUACAAUGUGGGACUAAAAACUGAUUGACAUGCACAAACAUUCUACAGGAUCGUCGGAUUGUGUAUUCGGAUGACAUAUCCCCCGUGCCAAGAUUGCACUUUUCAAAGAGCAGCAUUUUAACGUAGUAGACCACGUUACGUACCUGUUAUAUCGACAUUAGUUUGGCAAGAACAAAAUGCAAGUAACAAUAAAGUGCCAUAAAAUAGCUUAGAAUAGCAUAAAAUAACAUUUAUCUAACAUCAACUGUGAUAUAUAUUUGUUCUCUUUUUUUCCUUAAAAUGAAAGUGUUACACUCGCUACAUCAGUUUCAUAAAAUAUUAUAAUUACAUUAGUAGCAUACAAAAAGUAUAAUUUGUCAUGAAUAACAAAGGACUUGUUAAGGGACUAAAAAUAGCUGGAUGUGGCCCAGCAAUUCUUGUGGCACUCUUGCCAUCACUCUUAACCAAAGUGAGAGUCAGUCAACAUCAAAGUCAUUUAAAGUGCAUCACCAUGUAAGCAUCGCAUGAAACAUUACCAGAAGUACCGCUAUCUCACUUUGAAAUUUGUUCUGGGAAAAAAAAAAUCCAAUAAAGUGAGCAAAAAAAACCUGUUUCAAAAUAAAAGUCCCACUGUGAAGGAGGCUCAAACAGUCUUCGGACUAUCCCGUUUACUGAGCAGGACUUCCAGCAAACGGAGUUUAGCUUUUAAGUUCUUGUACUCGCAGUACUCCUCUGCCAUGGGCCCACGGUCCUCUUUCUGGGCAGCCCUUUAAAGACGAGGAAGAGAAAAAUACUAACUUAACAUUUCAGAUAAGCUGCAGCUUUCAUUACUGGUAUAGUCCCUGUGUUGCCUUAUUCAGAUAACUUUGUACAGUAAGUAUUGUAAUCGGAACAUUUUAUUUUACUUUCAAAAACCGCUACAUGUACAAAAUAUGUGUAUAGUUCAGAGCAGUUGUCUCUAUCUCUCCGUCUCUCUCCCAAGUACUUCUUUGUGUCGUAUUAACGUCAGUAAAUGUGUAUCAUGCUGUUGUGUGAUUCUGAUUAAU